AUGAGAAUCGGCAUCAGCAAACCUGAGGCUGUGCACGAGACGCCUCGUGAAGUAUGGAACUGGCGGCUUUUCUGGAGUGCCGCGGUCUUCGGACUUCUUGGCCUAAGUCGAGGACUAGACGAAGCCCUUGUCGGCGGCAUGACAAGCUUGCAGAGCUUCAAAGACGAAUUUCACCUCGAAGAAGGUUCCGAAGGCCACCAAGCCGACGUGCUCUCCAACAUCACGAGCAUGGUCCAACUCGGUAGUAUCGCCGGAUCCCUCUUGGCCUUUUUCCUCUGCGACCGGCUCGGACGCGUGCGAACUCUCCAGGCCCUCUCUCUUCUAUGGCUUGUCGGAUUUAUCAUCGUCGUCACUAGCCACGGAAACGUCGGGCAGAUUCUCGGCGGUCGCUUCAUCGCUGGUCUGGGUAUUGGUAUGACGGUUGUUGUCGGGCCGACAUACAUCGCAGAGAUCGCACCGAGGAGCGUGCGCGGCAUGCUCACCAAUAUCUUCGCCGGUUCGGUCUACCUGGGUGCGACUAUCGCCUUCUUCAGUAACUGGCGCGCCUCCGUCAAUCUUCCGGAUUCGUCGCGAUGGCAGUGGGUUGCGCCGCAGUUUGCGCACAUUGGAUUCGCUGCCUUCUUCCUAGUCUUAUCUUUCACCGUCCCCGAAACACCUCGAUACUAUACCAUCGCCGGCAAGCACGAACAGGCCGAGAAAUCCCUCAUCAAGCUCCGCAACCUCGACAGCAGCCACCCAUACAUUCAAGCGGAAAUCAUUUCGAUCCGUGAGCAGCUCGAGCGCGAACAAGAAGGCAGUCGGGGCGUCUCACGCUGGGGCAAAGUCCGCGAACUGGUGCUCAUCCCCGCGAACCGCUACCGCCUGAUGCUCGGGGUCAUGUCGCAGGUUCUUGGGCAGUGGUCCGGCGCAAGCUCGAUUACAAUCUACGCAACAGAGUUCUUCAAGGUCCUCGGCAAGACCGGACAAUCCGAAAAGCUACUCGCCAGCUGCAUUCUCGGAAUCGUCAAGCUCGUCUCCGCGUACCUCUGCGCCUUCUUCCUAAUCGACUUUGUUGGUCGUCGGCGCUCGCUAUACAUGGGCAUCACCAUACAAACUAUUUGUCUCGCGUACAUCGCCAUCUUCCUCGGGGUCGUCGGCGAAGACACCCUGGAAGCCGGCAACCUCACGGGCACCCAACACCAAGCCGCCGUCGGCGCGAUCGCCAUGAUCUACCUCUCCGGCUUCGGCUGGGCAAUGGGCUGGAAUGCGUUCCAGUACCUCGUCAACGCAGACAUCUGGGCCCUGCGUCUGCGCGCGCUGGGCAGUUCGAUAGUCAUGUGUUUGCAUUUCGUGAACCAGUAUGGAAACACAAAAGCCGUGCCGGAGAUGCUGCUGGCGCUGCAGAGUUAUGGGUUCUUUGCGUUUUGUGCAGUGGUCAGUUUUAUUGGCCUGGUUUGGGUCUGGUUCUUUGUGCCCGAGUUGGCCGGAAGGUCGCUGGAGAGUACGGAUGCAUUGUUUGCUUUGCCCUGGUAUCAGGUUGGCAGGUUUGGGAAUAAGCUUGCGCCGGAUACGAGUGCGAUGGUGGUGGAGGUGGAUGAGAAGGCGGCUGUUGCGACGGAUGCGCAGCAUGUUGAGUAUGGGAGGCACAAUGGAGAGAAAUGA